GCAGCAACACGCCUUUGCUGCGUCUAGUCUGCCGCAAAAAUCACCAGAAGAAAAAGAAUGUUUUUUACUUUGAAGAUGUUGUCCGGAACUACUAUGCUGGAUAUGGUUUGCUUGACAGUCACAGAGAGAAGGGAAAGCAAAGGGAUCAGGCGGUAGAAAUGGAGAGCAGAAAGACUGGGAGGGUGAGUGAAAAUGUAGAAGAGACAUGGCGUGGGAACGUGACAGAAUAAGGGGAUCUCAGUUCACCUAGAGGAGUCCUCUGGAGAAUAAGGUCAGGGCCGAGGAGCCGAGCUAACUGUCUGGAGGAUUUCCAUUUCUUGUUGCUUUCGUGUUCCCUCGUUUUCAUCAGCUCACACACGUACACACACAACGUGUCUGCUGGACUGUGUCUGCAGAGAGAAGUCUGUAGCUAACAACACCAUCUGACAGGAUAAAAGGCAGCUCAGUAUGAGUCGAGAUGCAUGGUCAAAGAAGAGAGCCAAUGCCAGUGGUGACAAUGGUUGGGAAGAAAGGGGCGGCUACAUGGCUGCCAAGGUGUCCAAGCUGGACGAGCAGUUCAAGCUUGAUGCUCCCAGAGAGAAACAGAAGGAUGGCACAUGCUCCAGCAUUUUCAGUGGAGUGGCCAUCUAUGUCAAUGGAUACACAGAGCCAAGUGCAGAUGAGCUGCGCAGACUGAUGAUGCUUCAUGGUGGCCAGUUCCACGUCUACUACUCUCGUUCCAAGACUACCCACAUCAUCGCCAAUAAUUUGCCCAACUGCAAAAUUCAGGAGCUCAAAGGGGAAAAGGUCAUCAGGCCGGAAUGGAUCACUGACAGUAUCAAGGCUGGGCGUCUCCUUCCUUACCUACCGUACCAGCUGUAUAGUAAGCAUAAAGGCCCACUCUUCCCUGGCAUGAAUCUGCGUCAGAACUUGGAGAUCGCAGGACCCAGCCAUGGGCUGCUUCAGCCGAGCGUCCAUCAAAAGCUUCACCUGCCGCAGCGCAGCAUUCAGCACUCUGUACUCAACCAGGAGCAGUCUUCAUCCAGCGGCCAGAAUAACUCCAUCCACAAUCAGCUUUACCAAGGCAACUCCCACCUUCAGUCCAUCCAGCAAAGCCCUGUAGCUCACUUCAUUAACCCACCACCAAAUCAGUUAACAUCCACUCACCCAAGACCUGAACAUAACCACCUCAGUAGCUCUUUACACACCCACCCGCUGUCUAACCCAAGCCCCAUGAAGCCCCCACAGACAAACAUAACACCUCAUCGUAGUCUCCAGCACCAUUCAGCGGGCCAACCUCAACCUCAGAUCAGCUCUUCCUGCAACAGCCGCCAGAGUGGCUGCAAGGAAGUGGAAUUAAGAUUAAACGGGUUAUUGCUGACCUCGCGGGACGAGAUGAGCCAUUCAAAAAAGAAAGAAAUGCAAGAGUGCUGCAAAGAAGCACCCCUGACCAAUGGACACACUCAUCUUGUUAAUGGUGCCUUAAAGCCAGAGGACUUGUCCCUUGUUGCAGAUCAACCCUUUGUUGACAAGGACCUGGCUGAAUGCAGAGUUAAGAGUCCAGAAGAUCAACCUACGAGUCCUCCAAUAAAUUUCCAGACUAAACCUGACCCGUAUGAGUUCCCUCACAGUCCUCCAAAGCAAUCCGGCCAGUCCGUUGUCUGCCUUGAACAAUCCAGCGUCCAAGAAGCCAAUGAGCAGAGACCUAAACCGCCACCACCCACCUACCAGGAGGCAAUAAAAGCCACCGAAAGCCACCUACUCCCACAACAGCUACAGCCACCCUGUCAGGUUGAUUCAAAUCCUGGAAAUAUUCCUCUUUCCCCUGUAUCCCGCCCUCUCUCACGUUCUCCAAUUCGGCUGAACGGAAGUCACCACAAUGCCUUUUCAUCUCACCCUGCCUCGCUAAACACAAGCAAUUUAUCACUCAAACCUGAUCCUCCCGCUGACAAGACGUCAUCGUCCGAGCCUUCAACACAUCUGUUGGCACAGACAGGCGGUUUGAUCUCCGAGUACUACUCUCAUUCACGUUUACACCAGAUCUCUACAUGGAGGAUCGGCUUCUCUGAAUACGUCAAUGAACUGCAUAGCAAACGAAAAGCAUCGGGGUGUUCAUCCUUUUCGGGGAAAGAGCGGCUGAGAAAAUCUGUGGCACAGCGCUCCACUGACAGUCAAGGUACAUCGGCACCAGCCACUGUUAAAUCUUGUAUCCUCCAUGUGGACAUGGACUGUUUCUUUGUGUCUGUCGGGAUCCGACAUCGACCAGAGCUCAGAGGGAAGCCUGUAGCCGUGACGAGUAACCGCGGACAGGGUCGAGUACCCCUGAGACCGGGGGCUAACCCACAGUUGGAGCAACAGUACUACCAGAAGAAACACUUGCUUCCUCAACCUGGGAAAGAGGAUGAGGAUUUUCACAGAACUCCUUCACAAGAGAGUCCUGACUCCCACGCCAACGGAGUGGACCAGGAUGCUGCUGCUCUCUCAAUGGCAGAAAUUGCAUCCUGCAGUUAUGAGGCGAGGCAGGCGGGUGUGAGGAACGGGAUGUUUUUUGGCAAAGCGAAACAGUUGUGUCCCUCGCUGCAGUCUGUCCCAUAUGAUUUUGAAGCCUAUAAAGAGGUGGCUCUCACCAUGUAUGAGAUUCUGGCUGGUUAUACCCAUGACAUUGAGGCUCUGAGCUGUGAUGAAGUGUUGAUUGACGGUUCUGCUGUGUUAGCUGAGCUGGGCAUCAACCCAGAAGAUCUGGCCAAAGCUAUCAGAGCAGACGUCAUGGAGAAGACGAGAUGCUGUGCUUCAGUGGGCAUGGGGUCCAACAUCCUGCUGGCUCGGCUCGCAACCCGUAAGGCCAAGCCAAACGGGCAGUACUUCUUAAAGUCUGAAGAAGUGGAUGAUUUUAUCAGGGACCUGUCAGUGACCAGCUUACCAGGUGUUGGGCCUGUUAUGGGCAGAAAGCUGGCUGCUAUUGGUGUGAGGUCAUGUGGGGACCUCCAACAGGUGUCUCUGUCUCAGCUGCAGAAGAAGUUUGGACCCCGCACUGGACAAACCCUGUUCCGCUUCUGCAGGGGUCUAGAUGACCGUCCUGUCCGCUAUGAGAAGGAAAGGAAGUCUGUCUCCGCUGAGAUGAACUACAACAUACGCUUUACUAAGGUUGAUGAAGCAGAGUGUUUCCUGACUAACUUGUCCACGGAGGUGCAAAGACGUUUACAGGAAGCCGGGCUGCGAGGUCGCAGAGUGACCCUCAAGGUCAUGGUUCGCAAAGUUGGAGCACCAUUGGAGCCGGCUAAAUACGGCGGUCAUGGCAUAUGUGAUAACCUGGCCAGGACCGUGAUGCUUGCUCAAUCCACUGACAGCGGUCAGCUAAUUGCCGCCGCUGUCAUCAAGCUGUUCCAUGCCAUGAAGUUGCAGGUUCAAGACCUGAGAGGAAUCGGCAUCCAAGUUCAGCUUCUUGAGGGGAAUCACUCUGUCGCCCACGACUCUGCCGGCCUCCGGACACGCUCCAUCAAAGAGAUGUUGCUAGGCCAGGGAUCCAGCAACAGAGGUGUGUAUAAGGUCUUUGUGUUUCAGUUUAUAUCUUUGUUGUUGUCUGUGAACUAUGAGUCUAAUUUCAUUGUUACAGAUGCUGCCAACAAAAGCACACAUCAGGAAAAGUCUUCCUCUAUCACAGUCCCGUCGCCUGGCUCCUUUCAACGUCCUCAGUCCCCUGCCGAGCCAGUCCCAGGAACAAGCAAAGAACAGCAAGCAUGCAGGCAAACUCCGAAACAUUCUCGAACACGUCUCAACUUCAGUAUUGAAAUCCCUUCCCCUUCACAGGUGGAUCGUUCUGUGUUGGAGGCCCUGCCUGCAGAGCUGAGGGAACAAGUGGAGCAGUCGUGGACUCACCGAGACAGCAGACCAAAUAACCGCCAUUCAUCCAGUCCACAGCCCUCUACUCAUCUUCCGCAGCCUUCCUCUCCUAAGUCCCGUCCAGCCUCUCCUCCUCGUCCUCCUCCUGCGUUGGUACUACAGAUUCCAAAUGAGCCCGACAAUCCAGGAAUUGUUCUGGAGCUCCCUAACUUCUCACAGGUUGAUCCAGACGUUUUUGCUGCCCUUCCCAAAGAGCUCCAGGAAGAACUGAAGUCUGCCUACAGCCGUGUAACAAAUGUCCAGCCUCAGGCAAAAAUGUUGGAGCAGAAGAAUCCACUGUUGCAGCUAAAGCAGUCAGGAAUUGGCAAUGUACGGGUGAAGCGGCGUUACAAGAGGAAGAAUGCAGUGAGCCCUGUUAAAAAAGGUCUUUCCCCUAUUAAGAAGCGUCACACAACAAACAGCCCAGCCAAAACCCUACCACCUCCUAUAAGAUCAAGGGAAUCGAUAAACACCGUAAAGACUGAAAACGGUCCGUCCACAUCGUCCGUGAAGCAGAACAUCCCAGAGUCUCUGCCUAAAUUCAUUCCUCGUCCUGCUCCAGCGCUGGCCGGAGCCUGUGACCUGACAGAUAUUAAAACACUCUUACGGGAAUGGGUCACCACCAUAACAGAACCCAUGGAAGAGGACAUCCUGCAGGUGGUGAAAUAUUGCACUGAUCUGAUUGAGGAUAAAGAUCUGGAGAAGUUGGAUUUGAUUAUAAAAUAUAUGAAAAGGCUCAUGCAGCAGUCGGUGGAGUCUGUUUGGAGUAUGGCUUUUGACUUCAUCCUAGACAACGUGCAGGUGGUUGUGCAGCAAGCUUAUGGUAGCACCCUGAAGAUAGCAUGAAGAAAGAGGGCUCCGUUUCUCACCUUUUAACCUUUGUACUACCACUACUUUCAUUUUGUUACUCUCAUUACAUCAUCUGCCGUAGAAAUUAUGACAUCUAAAUGAUAAUUUCCGGCAUAUUUGUGGAAAGAAUUCUGCGAAACACAGAGAUCACAGCUGAUCCCCCUUUCUCAACUGUGACACUAACACUACAAGACAAGGAUCUGCCAGGAUGUUCUCAGUGGCACAAAUCAAGGACUUGACACAUGACACUAUAUGAGAAAGAGUUACAAGAGCCAUGACAACAUUUGAUCAAAGUUUGUACAGUACAUCAUUUUCUGUACUCUCUCUUUUACAAGACGAGUGGCACAAAUGAAAGGGCAGGAAAUGCACUUAUAUACUAACCAAAACCUGGAACAGUGAUAAUCGUAGCAGCUUUUUUGCAGAUUCAUAAUUUUUCAUGUGGACUUCAUUUAUGCACAGAUUCAUAUUGUAUGUAAAGACUUUUGCAGGCAGUGCUUAACUGUUUCCUAUACACUCAGACUAAGCCAGGGCUUGUCACAUUUUUAAAUUUCCUUUCUCCCGCUAAGUAUACCGUAAUCUAUAUACCAUCUGAGAUAGCAGUUGACUAUGUGUGUAUGUCUUUACAAAGGCACAUUAUGGGUUUAUUUUUUAUUCAUCUGUCAGAUUACAUCAGUUAGGUUGAAAAUUAUGAAACUGUUAAAGUUGAACACAAUCAUCAUACAAGAGAGUUAUAAUAAAUCCAGAGAUAGAAGGAAAACAAUUUGCAUAUUUUUCAUAAGUUUUUCUUUGGUACUUCAUGCCACUAAUACUGACCUGUGAAAUAUCGACAACUGCUAUGUCACAAUAUAAUCUGCUGCAUACAGUUGUAUCUUCUUCUUGUCUCUUGCAAAAAAAAAAAAAGUGCCAAACCCUGUCAUUAUAGUAUGUAAAUAAUGUUUUUAAAGAUACUUGUUAAAAGUUUUAAAAGAAAAGAUGUAUGUAGAGGGUUUACCUCUUGUGUUGUUUACAUGUAGUGGAUUCUUAGUAACCGUCUUUAAAUUGUAGACCUUCUCGCUCUUUAAUUGUUUCUAAGUGUUCCAACAUGGAAAUCAGAAGCUGGCCAAAGCACUUCAUAUGAGGUUAACUGUUGAUUCUCAGUAGCACUCUGAUUUGGGAGGAUGUUGACAGGGGUUAUGGCAAUCAAUAAGUAGCCUAUGCAUUUUUCUUUUUCGCUGAAAAGUGAGAUGUUCCUUAAAGAUAAUGUAACAUUUCAUAAAGCCUUUGUAUAUCGAAGGAAUCUUGGUAUUCUAGUGUGUUUCCAACCUAGUUACCUGUUUCAUAAAUCUUAUUGUUGAAAUAAUGCUGGAUUUGAAUAGGAACAGGUGAUCGGAUUUUUAACUUUGUAACCCAUCUUGUGUACUUGUGUACAUUUUGUAGCUAUGGCUUAUGGAUACAUCAUUGUAUUUCUGUGAAGUUGGCAUUCAUGAGUGGUGAUAAGAGAAGUACUCAGCAGAUGCGGCUGGCUGGCUGGAUCGUGAUCUCACCAUGCAAGACAUGUUGUGUGUGUGUGUGUGUGUGCGUGCGUGUGUGUGUGGUUGAAAAGUUUGUUCAAAAUGGUAUUCCUAUAUGCAAACCAAAUCAAUAUGUCAUUUUUUAACCUGUUGAAAUGAAUGUAAUUCAGAAUGUGCAAGUCUCCACUCACUCUCAAGAGGUUGCUUCUCUUCACCUGUCAUAUCUUUCCUAAAGUGAAUGGCCAGAAGUUAAAGUUGGCCAGUCUUGUCUUCUAUAAACUGGCUUGUGCCUGAAGACCUGAAGCUGUGAACUUGUUUGUAAGUUUUCUAAAUCUUGAUAAUAAACUGUAAACUCUGUAUGAA